AGAAACCGAAAGUAAACAACAUUGCUCCUCUCGCUGUGAACUCCUCCGAUGGAGUUUUUAGUCCAGAGAUGGUGGAAAUAAGUCUGUUGCCUCAGUUUCCUCCUCUCAACUAACGUGUCAGUUCAGUGUUCUCACACACACACACACACACAAACACACACACAGACACACAGCGUGACUCACCAUAGUUUGAUGGCGCAGUUUUUUAAAAUUAUGACGGUAUCCCGACAUUCCUUAAACAUUCACACACACAGCUCAAGUAUAAGCUCUGUUGGCUGCAGAGACGCCAUCGAGGAGUUUGACUGUAACCUGCCAGAAAGUGAUCUCUGCUGUGGGAGGUACAGACACGAGCAUGAGUGGAGAGCUGAAGUCCGGCCGCUCCAGGGCGGGGAGCAAGAGAGCCAGCAACACCACUUACGGAUCUGAGUUCGACCUGGACUACGACAGCUAUCAUGAGGACUACUAUGACAGGGUGUAUGACUACCAGCGUGUGCCGGCAUCCCUGUCUCCUCUGCCCCUGGGACCCAGUGUGGCCAAGCGACCCCGCUCCUCCUCCCACUCCUCCGGCCACAGACGCAGUCGAGACAGAGCCCACUCCAAAAGCUCCAGAGCCCACUCCACCAGUUCAAGCACAGCCAAGUUGGGCAUGGAGGAGUUGCAGGUGAUUAAAAAGGAGCUGACUCUGAUAAAGACACAGAUCGAUGGGCUGCUCGACAGCCUUGAAAGGAUGGACACACAGAGGAGUGACCACAAAGGGUCUCCCCUGAGAGAGGACAGUCCGGCCUGCUCCCCAUAUGCUCUGUCCGCCAGCAGCCGGGAGCACUCCCCCUCCUCCCUCUCCCCACCCAGCUCCCGCCAUCGGAUCCACAGGGAGAGCGCUGGCCUGAGGGAGCCCGAUGAUGACCGCCACACGAUGAGCAACCCCAGCUCUGAACCAGAGGAGGAAAUAUGAGGGAGCAAACUCGGACGAAACGUAGGAGAUGUGGAUUAAGUGCCAAACACUGAGGAAGAGAACGACCACCGCCGAGCCAACGCUCAUACCAGAGGCUUCAUUCCCCAACUGGGUGUACAUAUCAGAUAACACAGUACUUUUCAUUGUAUUGCAGCAGCUUGGUAUGCGUGACUAUACUUUAACGCGAAAUGGCUGACACGGGGGAACUAUACACACACAGACACACAGAUGUGGAUGUGAUUGACAGGAAUUAAUGUUGGCCUGAGAGAAUGAGGCGGGAUCUUAUCUAGAAAGUAAUUAUAAAGUCGAGCUGGAAGCAGGCUCAUUUAACGUUCUCUUCUGUGUGAGGGGCUUUGCACCAACACCAAUAUUCCAGUAUUAAUCCAAAUGUGACAAUACAGCUUUCCUGAUUAAACCUUAUGUAACCUGCUUAACGGUUUAUCCUUUCAAUUUUUCUUCAUAUAAAAAGACAGAAUGAGACUAAACAGUAAUACACCGUAAUCAUUUAAAAUAAUAAUAAUAAUAAAAUGUGUAUUUAUGGCACAAGAAUCUUUCUGCUGCUUCAACGGUGUAUACCAGAAAAAGAAAGAUCUAAAAAAAAAUGUCUCUAAGAAAACUUUAAGCUUUUUACUCAUUUUAAUUAAUUGUGCAGAAAACUAUUCAAAAACUGAAUAUAUGAAUUAAUCAUGUAUCCACUUUAAUAGCAUUGUCAAUUCCAGAAUAAGGGUCAAACUGGAAUAUUGUGUGCAAUAGUAGUAAAUGAAAAAUAUACAUCUGUGUGUCUCAAAGUAUUUCCGACUUGUAAAAGCAAAAGGAUAAGAUCUUUGAUAGCAGCCUUUUGUUGACAGUCAACUUAUUCUUGCUCUUGCUUGUACAUGCUGAUCAUUCAGGAGAGAAAAUGAGUUUGAUGUUUUUUUGCUUGUAAGUUUUAGGUAGGCUACACCUGAGUGCUACUCUCUGAAAGUACUAUACAGACAACCUUAUAAUGUUUAGAAAUACUAGUAGUUUGUCUACUUUAAAUGUGUGAGAGGAAUGUUGCAGCUCUCUUUCCCUCUGUAUUUGGCACUUAAAAGGCCCCGAUCAGUGUGUAAUAUUGUGUAUUAUUGUAAAACUUUAAUGUAACUGUUCUGCUGUCUGAUUUUAGUCUUGCUUUGGGACUUCUUGUGUGUUUUUUUUAAAGACGACGAUGUUAUUAUAAUUCUUAUAGUGUUACAUGUUUUUGUUUGCAAUCUUAAGAUAAGCCAAGUGGAAAUACUCAUUGUCACAGUAGUAAAGGUAUUUUCAUAUUGACUAUAAACGCAGUUCAUGCUG